AUGGGUGUUGCUGGUAGUAGUAGAGAUGGAAGGAGGAAGAGUGCACGCUUCAGUGGUGGUGUCUGUGGUCAGGUGAGGACGCCUCUCUCUCCAGAUGGUGGUGAGUGGUUUGCUCAGCUUACAUUGGAUGAAGAGCAGAAGCACGCUGAGUAUGGUCCCAGAGUUGGUGGUCCACGGCAGGUCCCCGUCGGGAUCGGGGGGAAGUGGCUGCUAGGCUCUGGAUUUUUUAUGAGGGAGAAGGGAAAAAGGUGGCAGCACCAGGUGGAUGUUCCUUUGCUGUGGGCAGUACACAAGGCUUCCAUGUCCAUGAAAAUUGUUUCUAUUAAAUCCAAGGGCAGCUGUGACUUUCGAACUGUUUUCGCAUUAACCAUCAUUGCCAGUAAAGAGGACUUCCCUUUGUCAGGAGCCCCUCCGAGAAACAACUCUGUGGACUCAGAACUCUAUGCACCCUCCCCCCACUUGCCCAGUCAUCCUGCUGCACACCAUCUGUUACCUGAUAAGCCCACUCCAGCAUCCCUAGCUGAUGGAGGAGAUCUUUGGUUUCAGCCGAUCACUCAUGUAGGAGAAACACGCUAUGGAUGUACAGAAGGCAGAAAAGCCUUCAACAGGAAGGCACACUUCCAUGUACAUCAGAAAACGCACACAGGCGACAAACCCUUUGAAUGUAAUGAAUGUGACAAAUCCUUCGGAGAGAAAUCAACACUGCAUAAACAUCUGAGAACUCAUACCGGUAAAAACUUGCAUACAUGCAACAAAUGUGGCAAAAUCUCCCAAGAAAAGACAAAGCGCAUCAUACUUCAGAGAACUCACACAGGAGAGAAAUCCUAUGAAUGUAAUGAAUGUGAGAACCUUCAAUCAAAAGGCACACAUCAGAGAACACACACAGAAGAGAAACCCUAUGAAUGUAAUGAAUGUGUCAAUUCCUUCAGAGAGAAAUCAACACUGAGUAGACGUCAAAGAGCUCAUAUGGGAGAGAAACCUUAUGUGUGUUCAGACUGUGAAGAGCCUUCACCCUUAAGCUGA